AUGUUAGAGUCUCUAGUUGCGUCGAUAUUGAAUCGGACGCUGGGGCAGUAUGUGGAGAAUUUUGAUCCGGCCCAAUUGAAUAUAGGAAUAUGGAGUGGAGAUGUUAAACUACGGGACUUGAAGCUCAAGCAGGAAUCAUUGGACCGGUUGGGGCUUCCGAUUGCACUCAAGUUUGGGCAUCUAGGCCAGUUGACGUUACAGAUACCAUGGUCCAACCUAAAAUCGAAACCUGUGAAGAUUAUCGUCGAGGAUAUGUUUCUUUUGGCCAGUGCAAUGCUUCCCACAGAGAUAAAUGUGCAAGAGGAGGAGGAGAGGAAGUUGCGUGUGAAAAAGAGCAAGCUAGAGGCAUUGGAGUUGUCGGAGAACACACUUCCGGCCUCGGAAAGUGAGGAGGACAGGGAAAAGAACGAGAAUUUCAUGGAAAGCUUGACCACAAAGAUUGUGGACAACUUGCAAAUCACAAUACGGAACAUCCAUUUGCGAUACGAGGACCGGGACACCUUCACAAAGGUGCCGUAUGCAGUUGGAUUGACCCUCCAAGAGCUCUCGGCUGUGUCCACGGAUGAAAACUGGAUUCCAGGGUUUGUAUUGGGGGCCAGCGAUCUGUCGAGAAAACUCACAACUCUUAAAUCGCUCGAGGUGUACUGGGAGACAAAUGCACAGACACUCUAUGAUGCCGACCGGCAGAAGAUGGUGGAUUCGUUCCUCUCCGUUAUCGACAAAAAUUCGUCGUUGGAAGGUGAAGGCGUCCAGCAUCUCAUGAAACCAGUCUCUGGAUAUGGCCAUCUCACGGUAAACAAAGCGGGAAGCACUGAAUCAGCGCCUCACUAUAACGUUGAUCUAUUUUUCGAUGAGUUUGGUGUCACCUUGGACGAAGAACAGUAUCGAGACAUGUGCUGGACGAUCUCGGAGGUCACGUGGUACCAGAAAACGUACAAAUUCCGGCGGUUGAGGCCACAUGUGCCCGUUGAAGAGGACCCGAAGCAGUGGCUCAGGUAUGCAUUCAGGUGUGUGUAUGACGAGAUACACGAGCGAAACUACAAGUGGACCUGGGAGUACUUUGAGAAGAGAAGAGACCAGCGGAAGAAGUACGUUAAUGCAUGGCUUAAGCAUCUUGAAGGGGACCCGGAUGCCACCGUUCAGGCCGAAAUAUACAACCUGGAGAGCCAGGUGGCAUACAAUGACUUGAAGUUUUACCGGGAGAUAGCCAAAAUGGAGUAUGUGAGGAAGCAUCAUGCACACCCGGCCUCGAAUGCAGUGCAGAAGCAGGCUUCGGCAAAUACAGGCACCGCUUCCUCGUGGAUUUCGUGGUGGAAGGGUGGUUCUACCGCCGCUGAUGCCGGACAGAGCAAGAAGGAGGAUCUGGCAGAGGGUGAAGAUACAGAUCUUACACUCUCUUCACAGCAGAGGAAGGAGUUGUACGAUGCGAUAGGAUACGAUGAGCAGAAGAAGCUGACGGACUCGUUGGACAUGCCGAGGGAAAGAGUGAGGACUUGCAUCGGGUGGAAUUUGAAGAAGGGGUCGUUUGUGAUCAAGAAGGCUCAGACGCACAAGCCGGUUGCAGAAGUCAUCUUUGAAGGAAUGCAUGCGGACGUGUUUCAAAGAAAGGACUCGUACUAUCUUGGGUUCAAGUUGAGAGAGUUCCGGGUCGAAAACGGAGCCAGUGGCACGCUCUACAAGCAUAUAGUGAGCGUGAAACCGUUUGACACGGGCAGUGCGGAAAGCUCAUCGAGUUCUGAGAUGGAUGCUGAGGGCGGCCCGGACGAGAAAGAGUCUUUUUUCCAGAUUUCCUACGAGAGCAACCCGUUGGACGAGUCUGCAGACUCCGAGUUGUUGGCCAAGAUGAACAGCAUGACGAUAUUCCACGAUCCACGCUUUAUCGAAGAGGUUGCGAGGUUCUUCCGCCCACCACAGACUCAUGCAGACACCAUUGGUGCCAUCAUGAAUGCUGCCGAGAGCACCAUCCAGGGAUUCACAGAUCAGACAAGAAUCGGGCUCCAGUACGCGUUCGAUGAGCACACAACCAUUAACUGCAAGAUGGACUUGCAGGCACCGUUGAUAAUCAUGCCUCUCGACUGCACAAGCUGGUCAUCUCCGGUCUGUGUUCUUGAUGCGGGCCACAUAAACGUGAUGAGCGAUUUGGUGGACAAGCAGAAGAUCAAGGAGAUCAAGGGAGCCGACAAGAGCACCUUUGGCGAGUCGGACUGGGAGAAGUUGAACGCGUUCUUAUUCGACCGGUUCGAGCUUCAACUUGAGGAUGCACAGAUGCUGAUCGGGCCAAACGUCAAGGCUGCAAUCGAGCAGCUUCACUCCUCAGGGCCGAAACCGUCUCUCAUCCUCGACCAUUUGACAAUUAACAUAUUGCUCGAGUUGUCGAUCGUCCCCACCUACACUCAUCUACCGUUGAUGAAGAUCAGCGGGAACAUUCCGCAGAUAAAAGCCAGCUUGAACGACUAUCAGCACAGAAUUUUCUCCCAGGCACUAAUGACCAUGAUGCCGGACUUGUCGGCUACUUUGGCUGUGCCUGCCGAGUCUUCUAACGAUCUCGAGAUGCUGGUUUCAAACGAGGAGUCUUCUCCAGGCUAUGAUGUUGGUCUAGGUUCUGCCACCACUGAUUCAUCUGAGGGUUCAAAUGACACUUCAGGCAGCGAGCAGAGGAGAAAAAUCAUGCAACACAAGCUGGAUGUGAGCAUCAACAUCGGUGUGAUCGUGAUCAGCCUAAGCAGAUGCUCUGAUCCGAAGACUUUCGAGGCCGAGAAGUUGGCAGAUGUCGUUGGGGAGAAUUUCAGGCUUCGGUACUUCAGCACAGAGGAAACCAUGAAUGCAAAUGUUGAGCUUGCCGACUUUUCGAUCUAUGACUUUAUGGAACCAACUGGUAACGAAGAGUUCAAGAAGUUGGUUUCAGCAGAUGUGUCUUCUGCAGAAUCCAAGCCCCGGAAUCUCUUCACUGUAGCCUACACGAGGAAACAGAGGAACGUGAACUUCAACAGCAAGAUCAUCCAGGCUUUUGACCAGGACGUCGACUUGAACAUAUCGGACUUUAAAGUGGUCCUAACGAGGAAAUCGGUCCUUACCCUCGUCAGCUUCCUCAGAAACACGUUUGUGGACCCAAAUGCUCCUUUGCUUCCGGCAGACCAGCUUAGACACAAUGAUGAAGCAAACGCACAGACUGCACCUGAGCAGAUGAAACUAAAGUUGGAGAUGAACAGUAUCACCUUGAUAUUGAACGACGAUGGUUACAAGAUUGGAACCAUGAAGCUAAAGGAGGCCGACAUCGACAUGAUCCUGUUCCCGGACAAAAUGAGACUCAAUGCCAGCAUAGGAGGUCUCACAUUGAGAGAUGACAUCAGCAAGAACAUCCCGUCUCUAUCGCAGCUAAUAAGAAUAAAGGGAAGAGAGUUCAUCAAGCUACAUUACGAAACGUUUGAUCCCGAGACAAACAGGCUGCCUUACAGCUCCGAACUUUCGCUUGAGACCGGUUCAAUUGUCAUCACAUUCGUGCAAAGCUCGUUUGCGAGAAUCUACUCGUUCAUCAGCCAGUUCAGCCGCAUGAAGGACAUUUACGAUAAUGCUAGAGAAGCCGCUUUGAGCCAGGCUACUAGCAUAGAAGGGACGGAUAAGAUGAAGUUUGAUGUUUUGCUCCGUGCACCAAUUCUCAUUUUUCCCAAGGUCAGGAACCCGUUAACGGGUGAGAUCGACACAAUAAACACGAAUCUAGGAGAGAUAGAUGCCUCGAACUCUUUCACUGAAAGUGGCGGAAGUAUCUUCAACAUUACCACGGCAAAGCUUAAGAAUACCAGGAUCUGUUCCACGUUUUCGCUUCCUGACGGAGGGCGGCAAAACUUGGAGAUUAUCGAUAAGUUUGACGUUCAGUUGAACGCAAACUAUUACGAUGGAUGCGUUUUGAGUCGGCCGGCCACGAUCAUCAAGGCUGUGAUCUCUGGAAGUGACAUGAAGCUUACUGAUUGGCAGGCUCACUAUAUCCUGGAGAUUAUCCAGAGUAUUCCGCAGGCGUUUACCGAUUAUUCCAUCGGCAAUGAAACCAUCCGGGACCUCGAGGAUGAUGCUCUGCAAGCAAAUAUGAUAAUCAGCAGGGAGGAAUCACCCUCCAAGGCUGUGAUUAAUGAAACAUUGAUCCAGAAAAGCAAGAGUUCGGACCAGAGCACGACUGCUAACUCCGGGCACGGAGAUAAAACAACCGUGAGCGUGCAUGUGGAGAUUCCAGCAAUCUCACUAACAAUAUACAACAAUACCAGAAAAUCAGCCACACUCGACAACAAGGGUCUUUCGAGAUUUAUGGUGAACGAUCUCUGUAUGAAGGCGGAUGUUCGAGAGAGCGGAAGUUAUGAUGCAAACGUACAGCUGAAGUCCUUUGUUGUGAGAGAUGUGCGAAAUGACACCAAGAACAAAUUCCCGGAAAUCAUCCCUGCUUCGGCGAGUGAUGGAUAUCAACUUGUUGCUUCCGUGAAGGGAGUCACUGCCGAGGGAAAGAGCUUCACGAAAGUGGAUCUCCAGAUCAACAACCCAACAUUGCUCUUGGCAAUGGAUUAUAUGAUCUCGUUGAAGACGUUUGUGGAUGCUGUUUUGGACACUACUGCCACGACCAAGGAGCUUGAUAACAGAUUGCAAACAAUCGAGGAAAACAGCACUUACAGGCACAAGUCCAUGACCGGAGACGAAGAAUCGGAUGUAAUUGAGGACUCAGAGGCUUCCGAGCAGAAAGAACUAUCGUAUGCCAUCAGAAUUCCAAACAUAUCGAUCAUCUUGCUCGCCAACUCUGAAAAGCCAGAUUCAGAGGCGGUGGUCUUCAAGAUCUCACAGAUUGUACUUAGUGCCACCGAUAUCACGAGAGUCCAGCUUAAGGGAAUAGGGAUGUUCCUUUGUAAUAUGGACGCUUACGAAGUCAACAGGAUACAGAUCAUCGAUGACUUUUCUUCCAAGUUCGAAAUCGAUAGCAGGGGCUCGUCCCCUACAUCGUAUCUUACACAGAUGGCUUUUGAUGUGGAUCCGCUUUUGAUUCGUGUUUCUCUCAGCGAUAUCAAGCUAGCCACCGAUAUAUUCAACAGAGCAUCGGCAAUAUACUCUGAGGCCACAAAAGCUGCCAGUACUCCUGCUGAAAAUCGCAGGCGGAGGAGGUCUUCAAUUGCCUCAGAGAUAAGCCAGACCAUUGCUAAACACGCACCAUCUGUUUUAUCGAGUCUCACCAAGAUAUCCAAUAAGGCAGGCGCCAAAAAGAAGCCUAAUGUCAUAGUUAAGGCCGAGAAGUUCUUGGCCACACUUGGUGGGAUGAGAAUUGUUCUCAUUGGUGAUGUCCAUGAGCUCCCUGUUCUUGAUGUGGUUGUAAAACCACUGAAUGCUCAGGUGAAGAACUGGUCUACCGAUCUGGAGGCUGACGUCACCUUCCAGCCCCAGAUUCAAAUAUACAACUACUCCACUUCGUCCUGGGAGCCGUUGCUAGACCAGUGGUCUUUUAGUAUUCAUGUUACUAAGGACAGCAAGGCUAAAGGAGAGCUUGCUGUUAGCAUCAGCUCGGAUGAUAUUGCCGAGGUCACUUUGACAAAAAGAUCGAUUGCAUCGCUUUCAUACUUUGGCUCCUUGCUCAAGGAGGAGUCCGAGAUACGGCCAAGGGGUGAAGGUGCACCUUAUCUGCUCUUCAACCAGACUGGAUACGAUCUUAACGUGUGGAUCGAUGGCCAGAGUACAGAUUCGGCUCAUAGAAAGCAGCUCACACUGCUUAAAAACGGAGAUCACAUUCCCUGGGCCUUCGAGGAUUGGCGGGAAAUCCGUAAGAAUCUAAAUAUGCAGACGGAAAGAGACACCUUGGCUGUGGAGUUCAUUGAUUCGCAGUUUAAUCCGGUUAAAGCCAUCUCGCUCACAACAGAGGGCGAAGAUAUAUUCAUGCUUGAACCAAAGUACCGCAACGCAUAUCAUCACAGACUUGCUUGCGAAGUUGUGCUUGCGAAGGACAAAGUGAAGCACGUGAUCUUAAAAUCGACCAUCACCAUUCACAACCACACCCCACAGGGGCUAUUUAUUGGUGUUGGGAAGUACAACAGCAAGCCUGUGGUUGACCGGGAGGUUCAUAUUCCAAGCGGUGGUAAAAUAGCUCUUCCAAUUGAUCUGGUGUACGAGGGAAAGCUCGUAGUUCGGCCAGAAACCAAGGGGCAGCAGUUUGGUUGGUCGAUGGCUCGUUGCAGGAAGACAAACAGGAACUCACUGUUUGACUGGAAGACGAUAUCAAGAAGUGACAUGAUCUUGGAAUGCCCAAGCACAGAAUCGGGAAGCAUUAAGAGCUACUACUUCAACGCCAGGGCCAAGUUCAACUCCUCAGAGGUCUUGACGAAGGUUUAUCCACACAUGGUCAUCAACAUUACUCCGCCCCUGGUGUUGCAGAACUUGCUUCCAUUUGAUGUGAACUGGGAAUUGUUCCAAAAGGGAACCGAUAAGUGGGAGUGCGACUUGAAGCAGGGCACCAGCUCCUCGAUUCACGUGAUUGACAUGAAUAAUUCUGCGGUGAUGAAGUUGUCGAUUCCAGGAACAUCGUUUGGAAAGAGCCGGCCGGCGAUAAUAAAUACAUCCAACAAGGAUGUGAAGAAUGACGACACGGUACUUUUAAUCAACGACGAGCACCAGAAGUUGUAUCUAAGGCUUCUUUACACCAGCAGCCCGGAGGCAGGCCGAAAAGUCACUCUUUACACUCCGUAUCUUAUCGUAAACAGGACGGGUAAGACUGUCAUCAUCAGCAAUGGAGCCAACUUCAUGGUUUCAAGAGCAAAGAAAAUCAAACCCGGAUACGAUGAUGCUAUGCCCGACAUGUUUUCGUUCGGAAAGGACUCAAGAGGGUUGUUUACGACAAACUUCGAAACAAAUCACGUUGCUCUGAAGAUCGAAGACUCUCUUCUCAGCCGCAGCUUCAACAUUGAUAAAGUGGGCCAGAACUUCCAGAUAGAGGCUCCUAUGGAUGGCAAGCCAUUCGAAUACGAUAUUGGUGUUCAUAUCACUGAGGGAAAAGGAGCGUUCAACUUGACCAAGGUUGUCACCUUAACUCCAAGAUACAUCGUUAGAAAUGACUUGGCCGAGACCAUAUAUGUUACUUCAAUCGGAUCUUCGCGUCAUCUACGCCUUGAUCCCGGGAAAAUCAUCCCGAUUUAUGGCGUGUCAAGGAUGAAUCCAAAGCAAAUAUGCAUUAGUACGAAGAACGAUGGUAAGAUGUCAGCUCCCUUCAAUAUCAAUGAUGUUGGUGAGAUAUUUGUUCGGGCACAAAAGCGGGACUCUUUGUCCCAUUUGCUUGUUAGGGUGGUUAUCACGACGGAGGGUGCAUCGAUAUUCAUCAGUAUGAUGGACACCAAUGGCAGCUGGCCUUACUCCAUAAGAAAUUUCAGCGACUUUGAAUUCAUAAUCUACCAAUCCGACCCGUACAUGAAGCUGGAUGGAACUAGGCGCUCUAAUGUUCGUUUCAAGCCAGUUUUAUACAAAAUUCCUCCAAAAAGUGCAAUGCCUUAUGCAUGGGACUUUCCGGCGGCUGAUGUCAAGGAGUUGGUGUUGAGAAGUGGAAAUAAAGAAAGGUUCGUGCAGCUUGCUGAAAUUGGCACACUUUAUCCAAUGAGACUUGGCUCCAGCUCCAAUUCACCAACCAACGGCAGAAACGUUGUUGAUUUGAAUGUUCAGGCCGAAGGUCCAGUCCAGGUGUUGAUGAUAAACAACUAUGAUCCUAAAACGAGCAUGUAUCGGAUGAAGUCGAAUUCUUCUUCACAUACCACAAACAGCCGGAAUUCCGGCGACUUCGAGACCGGAACCAAGGACGAAAACUACAAUUUGAGCGUUUCGGUGGACUUUAAAGGAUUGGGUGUUUCAUUGAUCAAUUCAGAGUGUGAGGAAAUCAGUUAUAUAACUUUAAGAGGAGCAAUAAUGAACUAUGCAGAGUCUGAAAUCCAUCAGAACAUUGCUCUGAAGCUUAAGUGGCUUCAAGUGGACAACCAGACGUAUCCGGCAACAUUCCCGGUUCUCAUAUAUCCUACUGUUGUUCCAAAGUCGAAAAAAGAGAUGAACGAGCACCCAGUGUUUUCAGCAGGCAUUUCUAAGAUGAAAGACGAUUCACAUGGGGUCACAUACAUCAAGUUUGCAACAGCACUAUUUCAGGAAAUGUCCUUUGAGCUAGACGAGCCAACAAUUUCCUCCUUAAUGGAGUUCUUCAAGACACCGGAAGCAUCUGAAAAUGAUGAUACCAUCGAUGUAUUAUGGGACAAGCAUACAGAGAUUCCAGAGCCGCCUACUCUAAGAACAGGAGACGAUUACUACUUUGAGCUUCUUCAUUUGCAACCCUUGCAGUUCAAUGUUUCGUUUGAACGGACUGAUGAGCUGGAUGACGAUGCUCCUAUAUCCGGAAAUCCAAUAGCUUUGGCCGCGAGUGCGAUUAGUAUGGCAGUGGGAAAUAUUAGAGAUGCUCCUAUCAAGAUGUCAUCUUUAAUUUUGGAGAAUGUGAGAACUCCUCUACCGUACCUCCAGCAAAAUAUCCAGGAGCAUUACAAGCAAGCCUUUUUGUAUCAGUGGUACAAAGUGCUUGGAUCUGCAGAUGUCAUCGGCAAUCCGGUUGGGUUGUUCAACAACAUCAGUUCCGGAGUGAUGGAUAUCUUCUAUGAACCAUAUCAGGGAUACAUUAUGACUGACAGGCCUCAGGAGUUGGGAAUAGGAUUGGCAAGAGGUGGUAUCAGCUUUUUACGGAAGUCUUUGUUCGGCGUUAGUGACAGUGUGUCACGCUUUACAAGUUCCGUUGCAAAGGGACUCACUGUUGCAUCCAUGGACAGAGAUUUCCAAAAGAAAAGGAGGCAGAACAGGCAGAAAAGCCGGCCAAACCAUCCACUUGGUGGUUUUGCAAGUGGAACAAACUCGUUGUUUGACGGUAUCACCAGUGGAUUGUCUGGUUUGGCUAUUGCUCCAAUCAAAGGUGCAAACGAAGAAGGUGCCUCUGGAUUCAUCAAAGGACUGGGUAGGGGAAUUAUCGGUCUUCCUACAAAGGCCGCUACAGGAGUGCUAGACUUUGCCAAUGAUAUCAGUGAGAGCAUCAAGAGCUCGACCACUGCCUUUGAUAAAGACAGCUCGAGGAGAAUGCGUCUUCCAAGAAAUAUCCGAUAUAACGGAUGUGUCACCUCUUAUUCCGAAAGAGAGGCCCAAGGUCAGUACUGGUUGAAAACAUGCGAUGGUGGGAAAUAUUCUCGUGAGAGAUACUUGGCUCAUGUGAUGCUUCCAGGAUUCGAGAUGGUGUGCAUUGUCAGUAUGUCCAGGAUUUUGGUUGUUACUGUGGAGACUUUGAAAGCCGAAUGGAACAUGCCUUAUGAGAAGAUAGGUAAUAUCACAUUGGAGAACACCGGAAUUCUUAUUAAGCAGAAUCGGGCCGGCUCUCCGGAAAGGUUUAUUUCAAUUCCAGGAAAAGCUGACCAGAUAUUUUUGUAUAGGAACAUCGUUACUGCUGUCAACGAGUACAACAAGAAUCGUAUGUAA